AUGUUUGCCGAAAAGUUAUCAGCUCGGAACUUUGAGCUCGUUUGUGUCGUAAUGCUUGGGUUCGGGCAUUUGUGUAUUAUGACUGGAUGUGAUUCACAAGCAUUUAUUUUGGAAUCUGUGAUACAUUCGAUUCACGAAAGAGAUCCAUCUACAAUCAAUUCACAUGCUGGAUAUUAUGGGUAAAUAAUAACACGAGUGUAAAAUUCGCAAUACACAUAAUGAUGAUAAUUCAUUAAAGUACACAUAUAAGGCUGUAAAAAACUAUAAAAUACAAAAAGCUUUAACUAUAUGAUGACGGUGGUAUGAUGCCUUAUCAACUUAUUAGAGAAAAUGUAAAAAAUAGUUUAAUUAUAUGAUAGAUAGACUACAGCAGAAAUCAUGAAGGUUGAUGUGUUGUGUUUGAACAAUCGAGCAAUAAACAAUGAAUAUAAUACAAUUUUUAGGCAAGCCACUUGCUACCUUGCUUUUGUACUCACGUGUCUUCUUUCACCAACAUUCCUCUAUGCAACAAGUGCAAAAACAACAUUAUUUAUCGCCUCGGUGUGCUUCACUUCGUUUCCUCUAGGAUUUUUAUAUACCAACCAAUACUACUAUUUUUUUAGUGCAGCUUUGAAUGGAGUCGGAUUCGCAUGUGAGCUAUAUCCUCAAAUUUUAAAUCAUUAUUACAAAUAUAUUACAGUAUAUUAUACGGGUAAUGGUGGAUAUCUGACCUCUCACUCAACUCGUAAAACUCUCGAAGCAAAUGUUUCGAUUUCAUGGGCAAUUGGAUCCAGUUGCAUGAUUGUUGGGUCGGCUAUCAUUGCAUUGAUAACAUAUUUUACAGCUGGAAAACAGAAUAUCACAACAGAUGUUGUUGAGGUUGUUGGAAAUCUGACGACAGUUUCAGCUCCAUUUGAGAGAAGAUUCAGCGAUACCGAAAUGUUAGUUUUUUUAAUUUCGAAACAUUCAAAGCCAAAACUGAAAAAUAGCUUUGUUUCAGUUAUCUUCUGUUCUCUGUAUUUGCUGUGAUCUCAGGAAUCGGAAAUCUGACAUUUCUUCUUUUGCCUUCGUCAGAUAUUGAUAAUUGUAUUGAAAGUAGCAAAAAGACAGUUGCAUUCAGAGAUGGAAUUAGUAAGGAUUACUUACAGACAAACUUAUAAAAGAAAAUAAUCGGCUUACAGAGUUGAUGGGUCGAGCAAUGAUAUCACCCAAAAUGUUUAUUCUUAUUCCGAUGUUUAUCUUGACUGGUGUUCAUACUUCAUUCUGGGUUUCGAUUUAUCCAACAACUCUCACAUUCAAUUCUUAUUUAUCGAGCAUGAUUUAUCUUCCAGCUAUUUACAGUUUAGGAGUUGGAUUAGGAGAGACAAUCAGUAUGUUGUGAUCUAGUUUAUUUUUUCUUUUAAAAAUCUGUUUUUCAGUGGGAAUGUUUAUAUCUUUUAUGAGCAAACGAGUCAAAAAUUUUGGAAUGUUACCAACUUUGUUGAUUGGAUGUUUCUUGACAAGUUUGUAUUGUUUACUUAUUGUUUUGAGUACACCAGCUGAUGCACCAAUGGCUCCAACCAAUGAUCUACCUUGGCUAUUCCAACCAACACGAAUUUUGGUUUUUAUAAUUGCAUUGAUUGGUGGUAUGAGUGAUUGUUGUUUGUGUAGUGUGAGAUCAGUUAUUUGUGCAAUCGCAAUGCCAAAUCGACGAGAUCAAGCAUAUUCUGUAUCAAAAUUUUAUCAAUCUAUUGGAACAUGUGUGAUAUUCUUCAUCAGUCCUUUCCUCAACAUUUAUUACUACACUUUUGGAAUUCCAAUUCUUUGCAUAAUUGCCGCAGUUUGUUUUUACCAUGAAGCGAGACGAAUCAAUUUGAUGGAACAAAAUAUGACAAUGGAACUUGAUCAAGCUGCACAAAGAAAACGGACUAGUCUUUAUGAGACACUUGAAUAA